GACUAGCCAUUGGAUUUACUGCAUUGAAAUCUGUCAAAGACCUGGAACGGUUCUACAAGACUGAGAAGCAAGCAAGAACGAAUCAUCCGGUUUACACAAGAUCGUUAGACAAUAUCGGAUAUUGAAGCGCGGGGGCUGCAAACAUUUCCACUACAAAAAGAUGUCACAAGAGGCUACCAUCAUAGCUGUUGACAACAGUGAUUACAUGAGAAAUGGGGACUUCUUUCCAUCUCGUCUGCAAGCACAAAAUGAUGCUGUGAGCUUGAUAUGUCAGAGUAAACGCCAACGCAAUCCAGAAAAUACGCUUGGUUUACUAUCCCUUGCGAAUACGGAAGUACUUUGUACAUUAACAAACGAUGUGAGCAAAAUAUACAACCGUUUGCAUCUUGUUGAGCCGAAGGGGAGUAUUAUAUUCUGUUCAUCUAUCAGGAUUGCACACCUUGCACUUCGUCAUCGUCAGUUAAGGCAUCAAAAGAUGCGGAUAGUGUGUUUCAUCGGGAGUCCUAUAGAAGAAAGUGAGGAGGAUUUAAUUAAGCUUGCAAAACGUCUCAAGAAAGAGAAAGUCAACGUUGAUAUAAUUAACUUUGGGGAAAAUGAAGCGAACCAGGAGAAAUUGUCAAAGUUCAUAGACACACUGAAUGGCAAGGAUGGGAGUGCCUCCCAUCUCGUUUCUAUUGCGCCAGGAACAAUUCUACAUGAUACACUAGUAACAAGUCCUGUCGUUGCCGGCGAAGAUGGUGCUGGACUUGGUGGUGCUGGACUAGGAUUGGAGUUUGGAUUAGAUGGUGCUGAAGAUCCUGAUUUGCUUUACGCACUCAGGGUUUCGAUGGAGGAUCAACGUAUGCGGCAAGAGCAUGAGGUUAAUGCAGAUAGUAGCAAUUCACCUGCUGUAACCGCUUCUCUACCAGCUGGAUCAGGAACAUCUGAAGAGGCUAUGCUUCAACAGGCUUUAGCUAUGUCAAUGCAGAUGGAUAAUACGGGGUCUGCAUCUUUACCUAUGGACAUUGAUUUGGCCGCCAUGUCUGAAGAAGAUCAAAUCGCCUAUGCGCUACGCAUGUCUCUGCAACAAAUGGAGGAGGAAACUACACCAACAAAUGCUACCUUGAAACCUAACAAGACUAGUGCUGAAUCAUCUGCUGUGGCUAUGGAUAUAGACCAGACGCCGACCAAAGCUGCGGAAAAGCCAGAAGUAGCUACUGGUUCUGGUACAUUAGCUGCUGCAGCAGCAUCAGCUCUUGGCCCUUCAACAGUUCACACAUCUGCUGACUUAGAUGUUAUGUAUGAUGCAGAGUUUUUGGAGUCUGUUUUGCAAAGCUUACCUGGUGUGGAUACACAGAAUGAAGAUGUUCGUAAGGCUAUAAGUGCUCUGACCAAACCACAAUCCCAGGGGAAUUCAACCAAGGAUGAAAAGAAAAGUAAGGAUAAGCAAGAGGACUGAGUGAUUGUUUGUCGAUUGGAUUUAACAAGUCUGCAUGAGUUUGUUUCGUGACAAAAUUGUUUGCUGUCAUUUACUCUUUUUGUUAUUUUUCUCUUCUAAGAGUCAAAUGGAAAUGUCACCAAAUAAACUAUACUGUUUUCAUUCAUCCAGUUUAUUUAGUUAACGUACUGUGCUUUUGUUUGUAACACAUUUUGUUGCUAUAAGCGAAAGUUUUCUAAGAUAUCUAUCCGUCUGUGAAUAUGGGAGUUAUACUCUA